AAACACACACACACACACACACACACAGCUCGCAGACCAGGCAUACGGCAGGAACCCCGCUGGGCAAGCUCGCGCGCUCCCUCUCGCUACCAACCACGGCCGACGUCACGUAGCGGCCCCCCCCAGAUAGCUGCCGCCUGCCCACUUGGGGUCCACCUGUACCUGGACAAGACCACCUCCACCUCCACACGACGCUGCCAUCAACGACGCCGGCCCGCGAAUACGCCUGUCUGGAGAGCUGCGACGCUCUUCGGCCCGCUUGCCAUGCCCGGAGGCACGCACACCAAUCCCCAGACUCCGCGCGUGCGCAAUGGAGAGCCCCAGCCCGCCCCGGCGCUGGCUGCAACACCCGAACCCGCCUCGUCCAAGCGGGACCUGACCUCGUGGUGGAGGCAGUUUAGCAAGCGCCCCGCGAAGAAGGAAGACGACAAAGAUCAGGCCCUCCCCGGAAUCUUUGGCGUGCCCCUCAUACAGAGCAUCCCCUACGCCAACGUCGCAAUCUCGCUCUUCAACGAGCACGGCGAGAGCUACAUCUACGGCUACGUCCCCAUUGUCGUCGCAAAGUGCGGUGUCUUUUUGAAGGAAAAGGCAACCGAUGUCGAGGGCAUCUUUCGCCUGGCCGGCUCGGAGAAGAGGAUAAAGGAACUCAAGACGGCCUUCGACACCCCGCCGAGAUAUGGAAAGGGCCUGGACUGGUCCGGCUACACGGUGCAUGAUGCCGCCAACAUUCUGCGCCGCUACUUCAACAACCUCCCGGAGCCCAUAAUCCCCCUGCAGCACUACGAUCCCUUUCGAAACCCCCUCAAGGGCCACCAGGCAGAGGCUGUAGGGCCCUGCGAGGGACAGGCCCCUUCGAUUGGCGGCUUUGACCCAGACGCCGCCGUGCGCAUAUACCAGCACCAGAUCAAGGCUCUGCCCUCGUUGAACCGGCAGCUGCUGCUCUACAUUCUGGAUCUCCUUGCCGUUUUCGCUGCAAAGGCUGAUGUCAAUAAGAUGACAACGUCGAAUCUGGCUGCCAUCUUCCAGCCAGGACUGCUGUCGCAUCCCCAGCACGACAUGUCGCCGCAAGACUAUCGCCUUAGCCAGGACGUUCUCAUCUUUCUCAUUGACAACCAGGACCACUUCCUGAUUGGUAUGGAGGGCACCGCGGUCGAUGAAGGCACAGUGAAGCACAUUGAGAGCGGGCCGACUACUCCACAGGCCCGAACACCCACGACUCCCGGUCGCAACAACAGCGGUCUUGGUCGCUCGGCCUCGACUUCGAGCGCUGGCGCAGAGAGCCUGCGUAUGCACGGUGGCGUCCGCAGAAAUGUGUCGACGUCUUCGAAGCGCUCGCGUCAUUCUGGCGCUAUUCCUAGCCCCAUUACUCCGGCCUUUGCGUCGCCCUCCACCUCGGGAGUGCAUCGAAGCAAUACGCUGCCCACGAAGCGCUCUCCGGCGAUAGGCAGCCCUCGCUUCCCUCCACCCAAGCAAUCCGGCCCAAGUCCUGUGGAAGAGGUCAAGAACCCGCUCUUAUCGCCAGAGUCGGCCAACACUCCCGCAAACCAUGCGCAUCCGAUACAAGAAACGGAGCAGCACCAGCACCAGCCAGAGGCCAUACAGCGCACGUCGCCUGUUGCAGAAGAAACCCUAGCCAUACAGCCCGCAGUGCUCGAAGCGACCAGUCCCCGACGGGUGCAGACUCUGCCCCCAAAUAAGAUCGAGAUACCGAAACCCUUUCAAGUUGCUCCUGUGCAUGAGGCUUUGGCUCCGUCGGCGCCCCUCAACCACCAAGGUGGGUCUGCGACUACUCCUGCGUUCCAAAACAUACCAGGCGCUUUCCCACUUGCCUCGCCGGGAGUCAUUCCACCAAGCCAGCCCACUACGCCCAACGUCGCGGCGCAGGUUGCACAGUCUCUACUACCUCCGCGCUCUACCACGCCUGGCAACGACCAGCGCAGUCCUCAGCGCAGCCCCCAUCUCACACCUACGCGCGAGCGCGCCGACUUGUUGGAAGGGCCCGUCGAUUCUGGUCCACCAGCGGAACUGACGCCUGCUGUGCGCACGUUUACACAGAUCCUGGCAAAAGUGGCUGCUUCGCCCACGGGGGAAUCCAAGGACUCAAAGGACUGGCGCAAGCCUAACAAGCUCCAGAAGAAACGCGGGCCAAAUGCCAUCAGCCAGAGUACGCACAGUUCUACGCAUUCUCUGGGCGGCAGUGAUGCGGGCUUCGGAGCGACCCAGGUAGCCCCAGGCCCGCCUUCGCCUUUACAUCCGCCGCAACCUCCGUUUGCGCAGGGCCACUCACAACCAAGCAGCUCCAAGGAAGCGCUUCAAGAUGCGAAUUCGUCACGGGCAUCGGGCAACACACUCAAACCCAGCAUGUCGCCUUCGGCUUCGUUUAGGUCGCACUCGACGGCAACGGAAUACUCGGAGACGGAGCUGGGUGAAGAAGCGCCCAAGGAGGAAAAGCGUAGCUUCUGGAAAGGCCAUAAGCGUGGAGAGAGCAAGUCAACGCCGACUGCGAGCCAGACGGACUUGCGAGGCUCGGUAGUUGGCGCGGAUAAGAGCAUGAGCUCGUUUGCCAGCAGCUCCGGGUGGACAGGGGGUGGGCGACGAAGCGGCCAGUUCGAGUCGAUCCAGAGUCCAGACACGUCGACGGCGUUUGGCAGCCCGCCUGACCACGACAAGUCUGAAAAGAAGGGGGCUUUUGACUGGUUCCACAAACGAAGACAGGACCACAAGGAGCGGGUUGAUCGGAGGGAGAGGGCCAAGAGCCCACCUGGGAGUUCGGGCUACUUACCUCAAGCAGCGAAUAUGGCGCAACCGACGGAGAAUAUGGCUACGCGUGGUCGAGCAUCGGAGGUGGCGCAGUCGCCAGACGAGACGCAGUCCAAGACGGAGAAGUCAAGCGACGUGAGGCCGACGGGCCCAAGUCCCACGCCGCCACCAACGGCUGCCAAGUCGAGUCCUUCGCCACGGACGGGGUCGAUGUGGCUACGGAGGAGUCUUCCCGCUGCGCUGACGGAACCGAUAUCUGUUGCGCGAUCUCCAGACCGAAGUCAGGUGUCAUCGCCAGUUGUUGCUACGGCUCCUCAAUCGCUUGGGGAGACAGCAUGGUCGGCGCCCAGUAUAGAGGCCAGUGUAGAGAAGGCGCUUCAGGCUGUAGCUGAGGUGCCAGUGCAGCCAGAAGCGCUGGGUGCAGCAUCACAGGCCGUGGAAGCGAACCAGGUGCCGUCUGCGCCUAUACAUGGGUCGUCGGAUUCCACCAUUACCGUUACUCCGCAGACGGCGGAUACAGAGACGAGUCGUGAUACAGCUUCAGGAGAGAAAGUGGCUUUGCCGGCGGCAGGUCCAGUGGCAGGUUCAGGGGGAGCUCCGGCGGCAGGUCCAGGUCCAGGUCCGGCUCCGUAGAGGAGUGCAAAGCCGGGGGCUGAUGCAAGAUUUGGAUUAUGCUUUGUACAAGUUGUAGGGGUUGUGAAGAUAGAGGGGGUAGUGUGUGUGUGUGUGAAGAGAAGGGUGUUUUGAGCAAAAUGUGGAGGAGGGGACUUUGUUGUUGUUGCUGCUGUGAUUGAAAUAAUUGACGAAUAACGGAUUUGGGUGAAGGAGGGGUGAAUUGCAUGGAAGAAGAAGAAGAAGAAGAAGAAGAAGGGAUAUUGCUUGUUGUAAUGGAGGGUGAGGGUGAGGGUGAGCAUGCGAGUGGUGGUGUGAGUGUGAGAGUGUGUGUAAGCAUGGGGCGG